AUGGUGAAGGCCAAGCAGAGGGUGUUGAUCACUCUUCGCUUUUUGGCCAAAAGGGACUACUUGUCAGAAGUGGCGGACCUGCAUGGGGUUUCUGUUCCAUCAGCGUCAAGGAUUUUACAAUCUGUCUGCCAAGCUUUAUAUCGACAGCUUGAUAACAUUACCUUCCCGACUACAGCAGAUGAGCUGAAGAGAGUAAAGGAUGGCUUUUAUAAAAUUGCACAUUUCCCAAACGUUGUUGGCACUAUAGAUGGUACUUUGAUACCUAUACAGGGAAUGUCAGGAGAUGACGAACCGAAUUUCAUCUGCCGCAAGGGUUUUCCCUCCAUCAACGUUCAAGGAGUUGUGGAUGCCGACCUUCGUUUUACAAAUGCUGUUGUGAAGUGGCCCGGAUCAACUCAUGAUUCCUUCAUAUUGGCCAAUUCCUCUGUACCUCAACUGAUGGAAACUUUGAGUGGACCCUGGAUUUUGGGAGAUUCAGGAUAUCCCCUGAAGAAAUGGUUGUUGACCCCAUUCAAUGAACCAAGAGGCAUCAAAGAAGAAAAUUACAAUCAAGCCCACUGCUCAACCAGAAACACAGUGGAAAGGGCAUUUGGGGUUCUUAAGUGCAGGUUCAGAUGCUUGCAUAAAACAGGAGGAAGUCUUCAGUUCACUGCCCCAAAAUGCAUCAAAAUGAUCGAAUGCUGCCCAAGACUGCACAAUAUGGGCAUCAAUCGAAGACUCCUGCUUGAAGCUGCAGAAGAUCCCAUCCAGCGGUUCUGCACAACAAUGCCGUGUACAGGGGAAAUGGAAAUAAUGGUUUCAGGGUGAGACAGACCAUUGCUCAGAGGUUUUGAAAACAUUAUCCGUAACGUAAUGCAUUAUUCCUUAAAUUUCUUAUGACAUUGUGUUAAAAAUAGUACAUAUGUGAGUAUCAUCACAUAAAAUUUUAUCAUGUAAUUUGUCUUAUCAUAUCAAAUGAAAUGUAAAUAUGAUAUAUAUAGUUGAUGUAUACCUUUAAAACUAGCAAAUGGCUUAAUGAAAGGAUAAUUAUGCUGAUGCAAAUGCACGCAAUGUAAAUCUUUUCAACGUAUUGUGUAAUAUAAUUUAUCGUUCUAUUUUUUUUUCUACAUGUAAAACCAUAUUUUUACUACUGUCAGUGUGUAUGUCUCUUAAAUUAUGUCUUUCUCUCUCUCUCAUUUUCUUUUUCUCUCUCCACUCUCUCUCUCUCUCUCUCUCUCUCUCUCUCUCUCUCUCUCGUAGAAAUAUCUGUAAAUGAAAAUUGUAUAGUUGGGCUGUAUCAUCAGAUUGUUGUUUAAUUAUUAAAGAAAACCAUGACAAAUUCAUUAAAUCUUCAAAAGCUUUAAUAAUAUAUAUGCACAACUGUAAAUAUUGAUAGAAGUUUAUAACAAUAACAUUAUAUAGUAUUAUAAGUAAAAUUCAAAGUGUUUGUUGCUUUAAAAUGAAUUUUUUUUUUCAAUUUAUAUGAAGUGAAUGCAUUUCUUCA